GAAUCAAAUGAUACUCUUUUACUAUUUAAACAGCGAUAGAAACAUGAGGAACAUGUUGGCGUGUUCCUAUGUUUCUGUAACUUGUUACGAAAAAUAUAAAGAGCUCAUGAAUGCUUGCUGCUCAUUGCUACUUACAUCAACCAGAAAAUUGGGUUAAUUUCAUUAUAAAUUGUGCGAAAUGUAUUUAAGUCUCGCUAAUAUUUAAAGAAAACCUAAAACAUCUAAACCUAGUUUUUUACGUUUUUUAGUCUUCAUGAGUAGAAAAAAGAUCUCGAUUCUUUUCAGCAUAAUAUGUUUAAUCCUAGCUGUAGUUUUGUUCAUCAUCAACAUUUCCAUGUAUGGUGAUGUCACACAUGUUAUCAAGAAAAACUUUUGCUAUCCUCAAGUGGCCAGCAAUGCCUAUGAAUAUGUCGAUGUAAAUUUUUCAAUUCCUGGUUGUGUAUUCACUAAAAUUGAUCCAUUUGAUCCAGUAAUAUUGCCUUACAUCCGCAACGUAUCUCUUCACUGUAAGCAAUCACCUCAGUUAACUGUUAUCAACUCAGAAGAUCGUUUGGUCAUCAAGAUUCCAGGUGAUAUCGAUGAAGAUGUUGAGUGUUACUACUCAUGGAUAUAUCGAAAUCAAACUGAUUGGAGUAUUUCUUACGGCCCUGUGAAUGUGAUCCCUCCAACCGAUGGUGUUCAAUUUGAAAACGGUGCAAAUGUUGCAAACACUAGCUGCAUCAAUCGAAAAACAAAACAAGUCAUCUAUCGAAAUGUUCACUUCCAUGUUCCUACAUUCGAAAAAUCAACAUUAUCUAAAAAUCUAACCAAUCCCUCCGUUAUAAUUUUAGUGUUUGAAUCUCUGGGUCGCCUGAGCUACCAACGCUUUAUGCCUGCCGUUAAUCAGGCGAUGCAUGAUAUUGGUAAUUUUCAUCAUCUUAAGGGUUUAACUCGUGUUGGUGAAAACUCUUUCCCCAAUUCAGUGACUUUGCUUACUGGAGAGAUGCUGACUGACCAAGUAGCUCAAUACAAUGCAGGUAUUGAUUGGGACCAUGAAUUACCUUACAUUUGGGAUGCAUUCAAUGAAUCUGGUUAUGUGACAAGUUUCUUAGAGGAUCAUCCAAUGGCUGGUCUGUUUUCAUAUUACAGUCGAGGCUUUCAUGAGCCUCCAGUUGAUUUUUAUCCAACUGAGUAUUGGAAUCACAUGUAUCCAAAUGGCACUGAGCACUGGCAGGAUAUUUUGAAUAAUCCUAUCAACUAUUGUUAUGAGAAAGUUGGAAGCAAAGUGGAACUCUUUCUAUCAAUGUGUUCCAAAUAUGCCGAAGAUGUGAUCAAUCGCCAACGAAAUCCUUAUUUUUUGUAUGCCUUUUAUAGCCAAAUGACCCAUGAUGACUUCAAUAAUUUUCAAAUGGUCGAUCAACCUGUGGCUCAGUUUCUUCGCUCUUUAUCACCUUCAGUGUUGGAUAAUUCAAUUGUUAUUUUAAUGGGUGAUCAUGGAACUAGAAUCGGUAGAUGGGUUCAGCCUUGGGGCGAUCAAAUUGAGAAUCCAUAUGCUCGAGCAGAAGGAAGUCUUCCAUUUUUCGCCAUUAGAAUCCCAGACUCUUUGGACUCAAAAUAUCCUCAUUUGCGGAAAUAUCUUUCCUUAAAUGAAAAUCGACUGUCAAGUUGGUAUGAUAUUCAUCAGAUAUUGCUCGAUACAGCUCAAGGUCAAUUCCAACCAGUUGGAAUUCGCACAGACAUUCCAGUUGCUUAUUCACUUUUUCGCGAAGAGAUUCCUAUCAGCCGUACCUGUGAAGAUGCCAACAUCAGCCAAGAUUACUGCGUCUGCAAUGGAAAAGUUGGAGUCAGUGUUAGCAGUAGACGUUUCCCUAUUGAUGCAGCUAAAUGUUUAGUCGAUGAAUUGAAAACCAUUUUUCAAGAAAAUGACUGUCGAUCCAAUGUAACCUUUCGCAAAAUAGUAUCAGGAGCGUAUUUCUUUCCACGAGCAAAUGAAUCUUGGGCGACUUAUGAAAGGGCUAAUUUUACAAUCCAAGUUGAGCCAAGUCAGGCUAAGAUCACUGCGGUUAUUCAUCGAUCAAAAGAUGCAAAUGAUUAUCGCUGGAGUCCAUGGAAGUUUCUUGAUCCAACAAACAAAUUGAAUUCAACAGAAUAUACAAAGAAUCUCACAAAAUUACUUUGUGUGAACCAUGUCCUGGAAAAUGUAAAUGUUACCAUUGUAUAACCUAUUAAACACUCAAUCAAAUAAACGAAUGAUUCUGAAUGGA